AGGGCGGGACUCGGUUCCCGGGGCGGCAGCCGCGGGGCCCCGCUGAGACCCGGGAGCGCCCAGCGCCCGCUGCCCGGAGCCAGCGCGUCGGCCCCGCGUCCCCGGCUGCCCUCGCUCCCCGCCAGUCUCAUUUGCCGCCUUGCGACGCGUGACCCGGGCGCGGCGUGCGCCCCGCGGUGCCAUGUGCCUCCUGCCGCCGUCGGCCGCCGCCGCGCCCCGGCUCCUCCGCAGAGCGCUCGCCGCCGCCAUGUCUGCCGCCGCCCAGCUCAAGUCGGUGGACUACGAGGUGUUCGGGAGAGUGCAGGGUGUUUGCUUCAGAAUGUACACUGAAGGUGAAGCUAAGAAAAUCGGAGUGGUAGGCUGGGUGAAGAACACCAGCAAAGGCACCGUGACCGGCCAAGUGCAAGGCCCCGAGGAGAAGGUCAAUUCCAUGAGAGAAGAACUGCCCUCACAUGGCCAGAAGAGGAAGGCAGGAGCACUGAAUGCUGCAUGAAGUUUCUUCUGCAAGGACCUUAACUCCACUCAUGUGCCAUAAGCCACUGCCUAAUUACCUCUUAAUGUCAUCAGAUUAACCAUUCAAUUUCCACUCCCGAAUUUCAGAGGAGAUGCAUUCGAGUCAUAGCAUGCAUCCUAUAUGCAAAACAUUUUUUAAUGGAAAACUUAUUGAAAAUAGAUCUAAUAUUCUUUCCUUUUAGAAUUCCUCUGAAUUCUAAGUAAUGGCUGGUUAUGAGAUCAAUUAGGGACCCAAAUCUUUAAUGUCAUAUCUGAUGCUAUGUGUUGUAAGCAUCUCUGGAUUCUUGUAUUGUACCAUGUUUAUGCAAGGACUGGAGCAUGUUUCUAAAUCAUUUGAGCCAAUACAUAUGUUUUGAAUAGCUGUAAUUUCCUCUUUUAAAAUUUAAAAAAAAAUUUUUGAGACAGGGUCAUAUGAUGUAGUUCAUGUGGGCUUUCAGCUCACAUACAGACCAGACUGGCCUUGAACUCUCUUCAGUCCUUGUAAGUGCUGGAAUUACAGGUAUAAAACACUAUGUCCAUCUUGAAUACCUUUAAUUUCACUGUCAGGGAUGAAUUUUGAGUAUUUACAUGCCAAUUAAAAAGUCACUAAAUUACCAAUAAAAGUCUAGUUUUGACUAAGUAUGCUAAUCAGAAAAGUAUGAUUUACUGGUUUUGAUGGCAGAAGGAUUUAUAGAAACUGUUGCUGGAAUGCAGCUGUUGAACUGGAACACUGACUGACUCCUCUGGAUGAUGUUGCUUGAUAGAAAGUCACCUGACUGUUCCCAGAAUUAAAGAUUAAUUGAUACUCAGCGUCAUACUGAUUAAACUGAAGUAUUUGUAAACAUUGUGAUAAUCACCUGUGCCCUGACCUUACUACUUGCAUCAUUCUCAGGAUUAUGGAGAGUAGCAAACAAUUGUAGUAUCUCCUUUAUUUUACUGUAAAUUUACUGUUUUUCUAACUAGACAAUAUUUUGCAGAUUGUGGUAGAGACUGUCAGUUGUAAUCCGAUGUCUAAUUGUCACCUUCUUUCUUUAC